AUGAAAGCCCCGAGCAGCAACUGGUCGUGCUUUGACCGCCUGCACACGGGAUCAGUCCAAUACAUACGCAAUAGCAUUCAGAAUAUCCUCUCUUCAGCGAACUUCGAAUACCUUAGGGGACGCGCAAUAGAGUCACGAAGGCAGCAUCAACCAGAUCUACCUCCCCAUCUUGAGUGCAUCAUCAACCUGACGCAAUUCACAUCUGGUUACGAGCACCUUGUUCUGGAACUUGCAUUCUCAGACCAUGUGUACUGGGUCGCUCGCAUCCCGCACCAAUCCAUCCAAAGAGACACGAUACUCAGCGAGAUUGCCACGAUGAAGGUUGUCAGAGAACGUACCUCCAUCCCAGUCCCUCAGGUUUUCUGCUUCGAGGUGUCCGCAGAUCAACCCUUUGGCUACCCAUACAUUCUCAUGGAGGCCCUCGAUGGCCGAACCUUUCCGGACGGACUAGCGACAGCCAUACCCGCCCAGCACCGUGCCAAAGUGGCCAAACAGCUAGCAAAUGUCUUUGCAGAACUCCAGAAUCUGACCUUCAGUCGCAUCGGGCGUCUUUGGUGUGGAGACAAUGCUGACGAACCCGUCAAAGUUGUGAAAAUGGCGUGGCACGCUUUACCCGGACCCCUGGAAACCUCACUCGAGUAUUUCUAUCACCACAUACAGGAACAGAACCAGCACGUCAUGUACCGGAUGCAUCCAGGGGACCCAGACUGGUCAACGGCCUGCUGGGUCCUAAAAAUGUCUCUGGCCCAUGUGAUAAUUGAGGACAGAGUUCGCGGCCCUUUCCCCCUGAUCCAUUUCGGCCUUCAAUCCCGCAACAUGCUUUUUGACGACGAGUACAACCUGACGGGGCUCAUCGACUGGACCUGUGCCCAAGCUGCCCCUCUUGAGCAAUUAUCUGUCUUUGACGAAUUCUUCAUCUGGGGCGGCAUAAGCCUUGAGCUUAAGAGACUCGUGAUCGAAUCUCUAAGAGAGAUGGAGAGAGACCGAGAGGAGAGACCGCCUCUGGACAACCCAGGUAUGGACAUGACCCCAUACCAGGAUCUCACGACCCUCUCCGAAUAUAUGACGUCCAUGGGCGCCGAGAUCACCUAUCAUCACUUUACGACUUCUAUUCAACAGAGUCUUUUGGCUGGGAAGGUGGUGGCGGAGAUCAUGCAUGGCAAUGCUAUUACUUGGGAGCAGCUGAGAGAAGUGUAUGGUGCCAUGCCUCUUUCGACAGUCUUGGCUGAGAGUAGUUGA